GCCGGGACGCUGGCUGCUAGCUCCCCGCCCCUGCGCGCAUAAGCUCGCUCCGCUCCGGCUGCUUCCCGGGCGCCCCGCUCGCUCCCCCGAAAGUGACGAACCGCCGGAGCCGGGGACUCGCUCCUGCCCCCCGGAGACAUGGGUGCGCCUCGUACCUGGGCGCGGCGGGCUGCGCUCUGCUGCGCGCUGCUCUGCGCGCCCUGGCUGCCUCUCGGCUGGGCAGGAGAGUGCAAACAGCUGGAGCCCUGUGAGAGGUGCAUUGAAGGAGACGCGUCCCGGAACAUCACAGGCUGCGUGUGGAUGCACUGUGGAGUCUUGGAGGAGCCAGGGCCCGGGGACUGCAUUGGGAAGGGAGAAGCCACCAAGGAGACAUGCUCCAUCUACAAUGUCACGGCUACAUGUCCAGCGCGGAGAUCGCCCACCAAGGAGCCUCAGCGAGCGCCCACCAAGGAGCCUCAGCGAGCGCCCACCAAGGAGCCUCAGCGAGCGCCCACCAAGGAGCCUCAGCGAGCGCCCACCAAGGAGCCUCAGCGAGCGCCCACCAAGGAGCCUGAGAUCCUCACGCCAGGGACGACGGCCGGCCCCCCGCUGACGGCCACCCCUGAGUUCCGCCCGCCUGGCUUCAACUCGGCCAGCUUCGUGGGGGGGAUCGUCCUCGUGCUGAGCAUCCAGGCCGUCUUCUACUUCAUCGUCAAGUUCCUCAAGUCCAAGGACAGCACCUACCAGACACUGGAGGAGAACCAGUAGGUGUGUCUGUGUGCGCGUGCAAGGCGACAGGAAAUGGGCCACAGCCGCAACAAGAGAAAACCUCACCCUUCCUUGGAGCUGCCCGUCGCUGGGGGUGGGGCUGGGGGUGUCUCCAGGGCAGCAUGUUAGCCCAGCCUGCUCCCUCCCUGGCUGUGUGCUGCAUGGAGGGGGUACGCAGGCCUUGGCUAGCCCAUUCGCUCGUAUUAAAAUGCUGUCUCCUUGCCCAAAGGCGGGGCCGAGUGCUCCACUCAAGGGAUGGAGCUGAGUAAUGUCCCCACAGCUAUUUAAUGGGACGCUACCCAGUUCCCAUCCACCACCACGGCCCGCUGCUGUCACAAGUGUUUUCUUGGCUGGCGUCCGGCCGUCUCUCCCCCCGCCUGCCCCAGCCCGUGUGCUACAGCAAGGCUCUCUGCUGUCAUAGCAGUUCCCAAACAACCCCCUUUGUGGACUGGGAAAUCAACCCCCCCCCCCCCCCGCCCUUCCUGCCUACGAAGCGUCCUCAGUCUGGCUCCAGCUUGGCUUUGUGCAGCCAGGCUGUGUGGAAAGCGUUUGCUCGUGCCCUGCCUGAUUGGCUUCCCCGGUGCUCGCCUGGCCCUGGUGAGGGAGAGAGUAGUGUAGUAGGGGAGUUAGAGUGGGAGGGCUGGGUUCUGUUCCUGCCUCUGCCACUGGGGUCGCUGCAGAACCUCUGUGCCUCAGUUUCCCCAGCUGUACAGUAGUAAUAGCUACCUGUCAUACGCUGUGGGGUCCUUGGCUGGAAGACGCCAGAGACGUUGUUACAGGGGUGAAGCGGCAGGUCAUACAACAAUGAGAAGAGCCUCUGAAAUCUGCAGUGGACUGUGUCCUGCUGGAAGCAAUUCUGCACGGCCCUUCCCCCUGCACUCCCAAGUACGCUGAACGGAGCAGGCAGGGUCUGUUCUCUUAGCACUGUAGCGCCUAGAAGACCCGAAUACGAUCAGGCCCCCCAGUGCCAGGGGCUGUACAGAGGCAGAGUGAGACACAGACCCCCCCCCCCAAGAGGUUGACUGUCUUCAAUAGGGAGAGGAAGGAUUAUCCCGGUUUUACAGAGAGGGAACUGACUCCCUGCGUGCCCAUCAGCCAGACUCUUCCAAUGAGGUCAGCCCCUCGCGCGCUGGGCUCUUUUGAAAAUCUGGCCUGAAGUGCGUGCCGCAUGGACUCGAUGGCACAAUCAGAAAUCGAAUCUAGGUCUCCCUGAACCCCAGCCCGGUGCAUUAUCCCCGAGCCCAUCCGCCACCCCCAGCUGUGUGAAAACCGGGUCCAGCUCAGAGUGGGUCUUAUGAGCUCUCCCUCUGGUGAUUCCUGCUGCCGGGGCUCGUCGGGGAGGCAGUGAGAUGCCUGCCCCUCGUGUCCUUUUCCCCAGCCCCCCCAGGAGCAAUUUCCAAAUAAUCCUGUCCUUGAAUUUCUCACUUGAUUGCUGAAUCCCGAGGAGGAUUUUUGUUCAUCCCCCGCCCACCCCCGGUGGCAGGGCAGGUUACACUAUGCUGGCUCGCUGUGGGGCCAUCUCUAAAAUACAGGGUGCUCCUGGCCACUGGCAUCCCCAGCAGCUCCCCCCUCUGUCUGGAUGGCAGCAGCCCCCUAUGAGCUGUGUCUCUGCUCAAGGUAGCUUAGCAGCAGACGGCUCUGACUGCCCCCACCCCGCCACCCCCCCCCGGGCCAGCAGCAUGUCUGCCGGUAUCGCUUCGUCCCCCCCUUCCCCAACGCAGCCGUUGUGAGGGGAAGGUGGGAUGGUUAACAGGGCCUGUACCCCUCCCUCUGCCCGCUCCCCACAGCCGUCCGCGUGCUCUUGCUGUGUCGUUGUGUUGCCGUGUGGGUCCCUGGGGGGCGGCUGGGGGCAUGCUGUGUGCAGUGGGCCGAAGCCUUGUGAGCGCGGGGGCGGAAUUAAAGCUGCACGGUUUGAUUUCUC